AAAGGUUUCAAGUUUGCAAUAGCGUUCAAUCAAGCUAGUUUGAAAUUUGUGGGGCUCUGGCCAGAAGCAAAUGACGGAUAUAUUACUAAAUUAAAAGCUUGGUUUGGUGCUUCGUUGAUAUUUUUGACUAUUUAUUUACCUCAAUCAACAUUAGCUUACCUUAAUUGGGGUAAUAUGAACGCUGUCAUUGAGAGUCUUUCUAUCAACGGACCAAUAUUUAUCGCAAUAAUUAAAAUUAUCAUUUUUCGUCGUUACAGAAAAGUGUUGAGAGUAGCGAUCGAUAUGAUGGCAAGAGAUUGGGGUGAAGUGAGAAGUAAAGAAGAAUAUACAGUGAUGCUUGAGACUGCUAAAAUUAGUCGAAUUAUUUCAAUAAUUUCUACUAUAAUUACCAAUUCUCUUUUUAUUGCAUUUGUGUUUUUUAAGAUUUGGAUCGGUAAGCAAUUGAUAAAACGAACUGAUUUAGAUUCCCGGUUGUCGGAUCCACGGUUACUUUACCCUGGAUACCUGCCUUAUAACUCAAGACUAAUGAUAUUCUUCAUACCUUCAUGGAUAGCGCAAUGCUUUGCCACAAUUUUUUCCAUGACAGCAUACGCAGCUUUUGAUACGUUUGUCUCAGCAAUGGUGCUCCAUAUUUGCGGGCAAUUGAAAGUUGUUGGAAUUUCGUUAAAGAAUCUUAUUAACGAUGACGUUGAAAAUGACUUAGAAGACUACUUGCAUAAGUUUUCAAAAAUCGUUGAACAUCACGAAGAAAUAAACAAACUAGCACAAACAAUUGAAAAUUCAUUCAAUUUAAUUCUUUUGCCUCAAAUGUUUGUAUGUACCGUAACGUUUUGCCUUCAGGGAUUUGCAAUGAUCUCGAGCUUCAUAGAUCCAUCUGCAGGAAAAAUUUCUAUUUUUGAGAUGUUAUUUUCUAUUGUCUACGUAUUUUAUACCGUUUUGCAUUUAUUUGUGUACUGUUAUGUCGGAGAUUUUUUGUCAUUUGAGAGUACUGUAAUUGGGCAAUCAUACUACUUCAGCCGUUGGUAUGAUUUAUCACAACAGAAAACACGGUCUUUAAUGUUCAUUGGUCAUCGUGCCCGCAGACCUUUACUACUUACGGCAGGAACGUUCUGUGCUUUUUCGAGAAAUUUAUUUAUCGCUGUUGUGAAGACAUCUUUUGGCUAUUUAUCGAUGUUAUUAGCUUUAAAGCAAGAUUAA